AUGAUAUUAGGUACAGAAGUAAAUGAGUUUGUUACAAAUCGUUAAUAGUCUAAAAUACACUAUCUAUCUUAAGAGAAUAAACUUCUAUAAGAAUAUAUUGCUGAUUUAGAGAAUGCAUUAAAAUUAAAUAAAUAGGCUAUGUCAUUAGCAUUGGAUAACAAGAAACCUCUGGUAAUUAUUUAAAUUUAAUUUCAUUAAAGCAAACAAAAGAUGGAAGUACUUCAUUAAGUGAGUAAUAUUAAAAUCCAGAAUUGAUCAAACAUUUAAAUGAGGAGAAUAAGAAAUUAAUGGAAGCCUUAACAAAACAAUAGAAAGUGAGUAGUUAACUACAAACUAAAAUACUAUUAUAGGAAUAGAUAGCUGAAGAGCAAACAAAUUAUUAUAAAGAUUUGAUUAGUGAUUUAGAAUAUAAGUUAAUUGAAUUGAAACGUAAUAUUCAUGAUAAAGAAUAUGCAAUAUAAGAGUUAGAACGAAUGAAGCCAAUUUAAGAGAAGGAAGGCUAAUUAGUUAAAUUAAUAGAAGUAGUGACACCUUCAGAAUAGAAUUUAAAAUUACAUGAGGAAUUAGAAAAUGUGAGAGGAGUAUUACAGAAAAUUACAAAUGAAGCACAGAGUGUUUCAGAAAGUAAUAAUGCUUUAAGAGAAGUCAAUUAUCAUUUGAAAAGAGAAAUAUUCAAAAUGAGAAUAGUACUGAGAAGUUAAGUGAAUUAUUAAAAUAUGAAGGGUAUUAAAUGUUCAUAUUCUAGAUUUUGUGUAUAAUGAAUAUCUUGAGAAAACAGAUAAUAAUCUUGAAUUGAAUAGAGAAGUAUAAAACCAUAGAGGUAAAUUAGAACAAAUGCAUUAAGAUUUAUAUGGUACAACCAGUUUAGGCUAUGGGUUUUCUCCAGAGCCAUAAUAAUUGAAAUAUUUGAGUAAAAAUGAAAGGAUGAUUUAUUAAGAGAAAUUACAUAAAAUGGAAAUGAUGGUUAAAGGAUUUAAAGAAUUAUUUGAAAAGGAAAAAAAUAGCAAUUUAAAUGUUAGCAAAUUGUAUAAUGAAUUAGUUAAAAAAUAUGAAUAAAUUUAAAAUAUCAAUGAAUUAUUAAUACGUUCAAAUUAAUUAAAAGAUUAAAAGAAUGAUUAAUUAAUGGCAGAAUUACAAUUUUACAAAAAAUAAAAUUAAAAUUAUAUGGAAUAACUCAAAACUAGAAAAUAAUUCAACUCUAUAUAAUUAAAUUAAGAAUAAGAUAUAGCUGUUGGAAUAUUUAGUCCUAGGUUCAAUUAAAAUAAUGAACGAGUUAAUACUUAACCAUCAUAUUUUGUAAGAUAAUCUUAAUAAUUAUCAAAUGCUGAUGUUAAAUUUGAUGACACAGAACCAAAAGAAGAUAUUUCACUUUAGUUAAGUAAUUCUAAUUAAAAAAUUCAAAAUAAUAAACUAAAUUAAUAAAUUGUUCCUUAAAUCAAAAUGAAGAAACUUUAAUUAAAAUAAUUAGAGAUUAAUACUAAUGAUAACUAUGAAUAAGCACCUUAUUGUUAAACUGCAAGAGCUGAAUCUAAACCAAUUACAAAAAAUCUAAUGUAACCAUUAAAAAUUUAAUAUUAUGAUAUGACUAGGGAAGAAUGUGUUAAUUUUAUUAUGUCAAUGUCAAGUGAAUUCUUUUAGCAUUUCGACGUAUGAUAUCAUCUAAUCUUUAGAUAAGUAAUAUAAAGAAAAAAUAGUUAAUUAAAUAAAUGUAAGAUCCAUUGUCAUAAAUCAAAAAGAUAAAAAGAUCUUAUAGUAAUCCAUUUUCUUAUUUUUCAAAUGAAACUCAAGUGGCCUUUUCGAAACCACCUUAAUAAUCUGUUGUAGCUAUAGUAAUUAAUUUAUUAUAACAAUAUUUAGACUAAAAAUGAAAUUUAAUAAUUAUUAGUAGAAUUAACAAGUAAAAAGAAGUAGUAAUCUGAGUAAUUUGAUUUAUUUAGUGUUGAUGUCUCUUAAAUUGAUGGUAAUAAGAACAAGAAAUAAAUGCUUGAUUAAGAUAUUAGUUUUAUUUCAAAUAUCGAUUAACAAGAUUGA